UUGAUAUAGACACAAGCUGAGAGACAGGGGCCCGAGUUCAUUGAGAUGCUAUUUCAUUCGGUCUGAUCCCUUUUGCACUGAAUAUCAUGCAUGCACAGGAACAUGUCGUUACCAGCUCAGUUUGAUGGUCUGCUCGUGGGAAGUUGCAGCUCACUGCUUUGUAAUUAUUUUGUAGGAUAGGAAAAUUUAUUUGUAUCGAAGCGUCUCUAUCGGUGGACGUGCCGGAAUCAGCAGCGAGCAACAUGUUUGUCGAGGAGACCCUUGGAAUUGUUGACAUUGUAGUGUUCUCUGUCCUGACGGCAGCAGGAUACUUCACAGGACUCUACUUCUCCUUCAGAGGAAGUGGGCGUCAGGUUAAUGCUCGUGACAGAGGAACUUCAUCUGCCGUUCUCGAGGCCUUCCUGGGUGGUCGCAGUCUACCGGCUACCGCAUUGGCAGUGUCCGUGCUGGCGUCAGUGGCCACCGCCGUUGGCAUUGUGAGCUUCGUAGGCCACUACUACGCAUACGGCUUCCAUCUUGACUGGGCAUUGGCUGGCAUACCAUUGUCGGCUGCCGUGGUUUCACUCGUCAUCGUCCCCCUGCUUUACGAUCUGCGAGUAGCAUCUGUUUUUCAGUACCUUCGCAUGCGCUUCGACAACAAGGUUGGCAUUACUGCCUGUGUCGUCUACUUCAUCCUCAGUCAAAGCGUAGGUGCAGUGGGAAUCUUCAGCUCUGCUAUUGCGGUGUCUACAAUGUUUCCCAUACCAGUUGUGUACUCCAACAUCGCGAUUGGCCUGGCAGGUACAAUUUAUACUGCAAUGGGAGGUCUUCGUGGAGUUGUGUGGGCUGACUGUGCGCAAGCUUUCGUCAUGUUCUUGUCACCCAUCGUAAUCAUUGCAAAAGUACUCUACGAUUCCCUUAGUGUAACACCACCACUCCGUCCUAUGAGCAAUGCCAACAUCACGGACUUUGCAUUCCGCAUGAACUUUGACAUUACAACUGACGAGAACUUCUGGAGUGGAAUGGCGGGCGCAUUGCCGUUCAGCCUUGUACGAACAGGACUCGACCAGAUGGCAGUGCAGCGGUUCAUGGCGGCCAGGACAUUACGUGAUGCAAAAAGGAUAGCCCUUGCAGGUCCACUUCUAGUGCUUUUUUUCUUUUUCCUGGGAGAGUGUACAGCCAUAGUCAUUAUGUACUGGUUCAGGGACUGCGACCCAGUCCUCCGUGGCGCCAUCAAGAGUUAUGACGAGAUUGUUCCACAUUAUAUGAUGACGAGGCUCGCUGACUUGCCCACGCUCAGAGGCUUGUUCUUGGCCGGACUCGUUGGGGCCUCUACGAGCACAAUUUCCUCUAUUGUGAACUCCCACGCAGCAAUAUUUUACAUCGAUGUGCUCUCACCAUACACCAAGAUAACUGAGAAGGAAGCCGUCACCGUAAUGCGUCUUCUAGCUUUCACAAGUGGCACCAUAAUGACCUUGUGCGCAAUCGCCUGUGCCUUACCUUGGUACCGCAGCACGGCUGUACAUGUCAUUUUAUUGCUCUGCGGCGGGUCCAUUCGCUGGACUCUUCCUGCUUGCUGUGUCAUCACCUUGGGUAAACUCAAAGGGCGUGGGCAGCGCGACGCUGUUGGUCUGUUCGUUCCUGCUUUGGCAUGCGAUCGGAAGAAGCCUUUCGGAUAUAGCACCACCACCCAUGCUUCCAAAGACACUCGACCGCUGCCCGCUGCCAUUAAACUAAGUGACUGGAUAGAAAAACCUUCAUCUGGAAUUGACCUCCAACCGGUUGCAAGUUCAUCUGUAUUCCCACUCUACUUGGUGUCUUUUUACUGGAUAUCCUUCAUUGGUGCCCUAUCGACGAUCGUCUUGGGAACUGCUAUAAGCCUGCUGACUGGUGGUCGCCGAAAUGCAAAGAAAAACUUGCAUUUGACUAGCGCAGCAUUUCUGAAUUUCUGGAAGCGGUUUGAGUUUAUGCGCCGGACAUUCUUGCUGCACGAAGAUGAAAUAAGACACGACGCCAUCAAAUUGCAGCAGAGGGAUGGACAUGAAGACGACGAGUACUCAAGCCUCCACAAAGAACUGUCACCGACAUACAAAGGACAGGGAAUGAAUGCACUAUGCGCAAGUGCGGAGCACGUCAGCUAGCCAUAAAGCUUCUUUGUUG